AUGGGUUGGUUUCAGGAGAAAACGCCGCUUCCAGGACGGAACGGACGACUAACAUACGAGGUCGAUCUUUGUCCACGUACGAUCCUUCGUCGAGUCGUCGAAAAAGCCAAAAACGAACUCAACCUCUCCUUCCUCAUCGGCGUCGAAUCCGAAUUCAUCCUCCUAAAACAAACGCACCCCAUUGAAGCAGUGAACAAUCACGGAUGGUCCAACUCCGCCGCUUUGCCCUCCGGCUCCGUCGAAGCCAAGGUCUUGGAGGAAAUAGCUGAUGCCUUGAGCGCCGCUGAGAUAGAGCUGCAGAUGUAUCAUGCAGAAGCUGCCCCGGGACAAUAUGAAGUUGUUACGGGGCCGUUGGGUCCACUUCAGGCAGCGGACGCACUUGUGCAUACGAGGGAGACGAUUUACAAUGUUGCUAGUAAACAUGGGUUGAGGGCUACAUUCGCUCCGAGAGUUUAUAUGGAUAGCUGCGGAAGCGCAGCACACACACACAUAUCCAUUCACUCCUCCUCCUCACCAUCCCCUUCGACCUCCUCACCAAACUUGACAUCCCUCGAAGCUUCCUUCCUAGCUGGGCUCCUCGCCCACCUCCCCUCCUUAACAAUCCUCACACUCCCCCUCAGCGCCUCCUACAAACGCAUGGUCGACGGUGCCUGGUCAGGGGGCACCUACGUCUGCUGGGGGACCGAUAAUCGCGAAGCUCCAAUAAGGCUAUGUAACGCCACCUCUCCCGCUUCCCGGAACUUUGAAGUGAAAUGCGUAGAUGGGACAUCGAAUCCGUAUUUGGCGUUUGCGGGGCUUAUAGCGGCUGGUGUGGAGGGUGGUGUGAAGGUCAAUAGGGCACUUGAGGUAAGGGAUUGUAGUGCCCAUGGAGAAGUUGGGAAGACGGCGGCGGAGAUGGGGGAGGAGGAGAGGGUAAGGUUUGGGAUUACGGAGAGGUUGCCGUUGAAUUGGGAGGAGGCACGGGAGGCGUUUAGGGGUGAUGCGGUGCUUGGGGAGGCGUUCGGGGAGGCGUUUGUGAGGGGGUAUCUGAAUGUUAAUAAGGUGCGGUUUCUGAUUUUUGUGCUGGAGAGGACUAACUGGUUGUGGGGUGUUUUGUUUCACAGACGUUGA